CAGGGUGGGCUGGGGGACAGGCCCUGCAGCACCAGGCCAUCAGAUGGGACCCCAGAAGCCAGGGCAGGGGUCAGCAGCCAAGCCUCCCAUCCCAAACCUGCCCUUAGCUGAUGGGAGGGUUCAAGUCCCUGGAGGGACGCCUGAUCAGGGAGGAAGAGCCAGGCCGGGGUCCCUGCCCAGAACGUGUCGUUCCUGUGGAAAAGGAGUAGCUGCUUUCCCUGAUCCUGAAGGAGUAAAGUGGGUGAGAGCCCCCGGCAGGAAAGGGCCUGGGGGGCAGCACCAGGUGGCCCCAUCUCUUGUGCCUGCAUGGAGAACCAGCUGGAAGGGAGGGGCCCCAGGGGGAGGGAGAUACGGGUUGGGAAGGGCACAGAGACCUUGUCAAGCCACCUGGGGGUGGGGCCUCUGUGCUCCCAGCCCCCCUCCGCCAUCUAUAUCCCGGGACUCCCAGUGCCCUCCCGCAGCGGCUGCGAGCAGAUGGCGGUGCAGUUUGAAGCCUUCUGUGCGGGGGGCCUGGCCCCCGGCUGGAGCCUGCUGGUCCAGGGACAGGCUGACUCUGGAGAGGACAGGUUCGAGAUUAACUUCUUGUCGGAGACGGGGGACAUUGCCUUCCACGUCAAGCCCCGGUUCUCCAGCGCCACCGUGGUGGGCAACGCCUUCCAGGGCGGCCACUGGGGCCCAGAGGAGGUGUCUAACAUCUUCCCACUGGCCGUGGGGGAGCCCUUUGAGAUGGAGGUCAGCUCGGACGCAGAGCACUUCCACGUCUAUGCGCAGGAGCACAAGGUACUGCAGUUCCCGCACCGUCAGAGGCCGCUGGGCAUCAUCACCAGGGUGCGGGUGCUGAGUGACCACCACCUGGCCCAGGUGGAGCUGGCCAAGAGGGGCCUGAGCUGGGGGGACCGGGGCUAUUGAGCGGCACCUGCAGCCCCAGGAGCAAGCCUCGGCUCAUCCCAUGUCCAGGACACCUGGAGCCCCACCCUGGGGCAGCUGGGGGAGGAGAUUUGUGGUCCUGUGUGCUUUCUGCCCCCCCCACCCCACUCCACUUUCAAUAAACUCUGAGCAGGCUGCAG